GCCGCCGCUCGGCCGAUGCGCUCGGAGCCAUGGACAAGAUCCUGGAGGGGCUGGUGAGCUCGUCGCACCCGCUGCCGCUGAAGCGGGUGAUCGUGCGGCGCGUGGUGGAGUCGGCGGAGACGCCGCUGAGCCAGGCGCAGUGCCGCGCCAUGUUCGCGCUCGGCACCCGGCUGGUGCUGCAGGGCCCCGACCCCUUCCAGCGGCAGGUGGGGCGGCAGGUGCUGGACGCCUACGGCCGCUUCCACCGCGCCGAGUUCGAGGCGUUCUUCAACCGCGGGCUCGUCCUCGGGCUCCUGCAGCGCGGCUACGGCGACCUGAGCAACCGCGACCCCGCCAUCCUCGACUACAUCCAGGCGGGGCUGCGCCUCAUCAUGAGCUGCCCCUCGGUGCUGGAGCUCUUCGAGCUGCUGCAGGUGGAGGCGCUGCGCCUGGUGUGCGAGCGGCCGGCUCCGCCGCUCUGCGCCCGCCUCUGCCAGCUGCUGAGCGACUUCCCGCAGUGCCUGCCCCGCGGCAGGAAGCUCUCGCUCGCCUUCUGCCAGCAGCUGGUGCGCAGCAUCGCCCACUUCCAGAGCCAGGGCACCCGGGAGGCCGAGCUGCGCCUCUACGUCUCGCAGGUGACCCAGGUCAGCGCGCUGCUCAGGAGCGUCUGGAAGGCCGAGCCCGACACGCUGCUGCCCUCCCUGCAGGAGCUCUUCGCUGUCAUCUCCGCCGCGGAUACUUCAUUUGAACCUUCUGUUGCACUGGCAAGUCUUGUGCAGCACAUACCAUUGCAGAUGAUUACAGUACUCAUCAGGAGCCUUACUACAGAUCCUAAUGUGAAAGAUGCAAGUAUGACUCAAGCUCUGUGCAGAAUGAUUGACUGGCUAUCCUGGCCUCUGGCUCAGCACGUGGAAACAUGGGUGAUUGCACUGCUGAAAGGACUGGCUGCAGUCCAGAAAUUUACCAUCCUCAUUGAUGUCACUCUGCUUAAGAUCGAAUUGGUCUUUAAUCGACUUUGGUUUCCUCUAGUGAGGCCUGGUGCCCUUGCUGUCCUUUCCCACAUGUUACUUAGUUUCCAGCAUUCUCCAGAAGCUUUUCAUUUGAUUGUCCCACACGUGGUCAGUUUGGUUCACUCCUUCAAAAGAGAUGGCUUGCCUUCCAGUACAGCCUUUUUGAUGCAGUUGACUGAGUUGAUACACUGUAUGAUGUAUCAUUAUUCAGGAUUUCCAGAGCUCUAUGAACCCAUUCUGGAAGCUAUUAAGGAUCUGCCCAAACCCACUGAAGAGAAGAUUAAGUUGAUCCUCAGUCAGAGUGCCUGGACUUCUCAGUCCAGUUCUUUGCCAUCUUGUUUAUCUAGACUUUCUGGAAAAUCUGAAACUGGGAAGACAGGCCUAAUAAAUCUAGGAAAUACUUGCUACAUGAACAGUGUUAUUCAGGCACUUUUUAUGGCUACAGAUUUCAGAAGACAUGUUUUAUCUCUGAAUCUAAAUGGCUGUAAUUCCCUAAUGAGAAAAUUACAACAUCUUUUUGCAUUUUUGGCCCAUACCCAGAGGGAGGCAUAUGCUCCUAGAAUUUUCUUUGAAGCUUCCAGACCACCAUGGUUCACCCCUCGAUCCCAGCAGGAUUGCUCAGAGUAUCUCAGAUUCCUGCUGGACAGGUUGCAUGAAGAAGAGAGAACUUUGAAAGCAUUGUCCUCAACCAAGAAUUCUGAAAGCGUAAUGACUGACGAGCCCCAGGCACAAGAAGCUGUCCAUAAAACACAAGUAUUUACUGGAGCACCUUGUAUGGGAAGUGAUGAAAGAACUCUGAUUGAGAAGAUGUUUGGAGGAAAACUGAAGACUAACAUAUGCUGUUUGAACUGCAAAAGUAUGUCUCAAAAGGAAGAAGCUUUCACAGAUCUCUCUUUGGCUUUCUGUCCUCCAACUUCCUUAGAGAAUGUUGACCCAAAAUGCGUGGAACAUUCUGAAGUGAAAGAUGACUACAUGGUGCAAAGUAAUACUUUAGCAACCAGUCCUGCUGCAGAAACACCUCUCAGUAAUUUGGAAGAAAAUCGUGGAUGUGACACAAUAAUGAAUGAAGGAACCAUAGAAGAUUGUUCUAGUGAGCCAAGCUCUGAGAGUACCACAAUUUCUGAACUCAAAGUUGAAAAUAAUGGGGAUAUUUCUCAGAGUCUAGUAGGUAAUAACACCCUGUCAGUUACAGACUUACUCAAUUAUUUUCUGGCACCUGAGAUCCUUAGUGGAGACAAUAAAUAUUAUUGUGAAAAGUGUGCCUCUCUACAGAAUGCUGAAAAAACUAUGCAAAUCAUUGAGGAACCUGAAUACCUCAUUCUCACUCUUUUGAGAUUUUCUUAUGAUCCAAAGUGUCACAUAAGGCGCAAAAUCUUGGACAAUGUUUCUCUGCCGCUUGUAUUGGAACUGCCAGUGAAAAGAUCAACAUCCCCUUUAGCUGUUGUUUCAGGAGGCUGGUCUGUUGGUGUGGAGAUUUCUGAUACUGGAGAAAACCUUGCUAAAAAACUGAAACCCUCAGGUGCUGAUGAAGUGACCUGCCCACAGUUGGUGCCCUAUGUGUUAAGCUCUGUGGUGGUGCAUUCUGGUGUAUCCUCUGAAAGUGGACAUUAUUAUUCAUAUGCUAGAAAUGUUACUGGGUCAGGGCCUUCUGGGCUCUGCCACCAGUCUACAGCUCUUUCUUUAGUUUCUCCUCAGGAUAAAUUGUUUACAGAGGAGAGUCCUUGUACUGUUGUAGAAAAUGAGCUGGACACUGAGAUGCCGAGAGAAUGGUUUCUCUUCAAUGACAGCAGAGUGACAUUUACCUCAUUUCAGUCAGUCCAGAAAAUCACCAGUAGAUUUCCAAAGGACACUGCUUAUGUUCUGUUUUACAAAAAGCAGAACAGCACCUGUGGCUUCAACACUAAUCCAGCAAAUGGCCUCUGGGUAAAUGGAGACCCUCCUUUACAAAAAGACCUCAUGGAUGCAAUUACAAAAGAUAACAAACUGUACUUGCAGGAGCAAGAGCUUAGUGCUCGAACACAAGCACUUCAAGCUGCCUCAGCCUCUUGCUCUUUCCGACCCAAUGGAUUUGAUGACAAUGAUCCCCCGGGAAGUUGUGGGCCCACAGGUGGAGGAGGAGGGGGUGGGUUCAGUACCGUCGGUAGAUUGGUCUUUUGACUAUGAAGACAACCUGGAACACACUGGUUCCAAAGCAGCCUAGUACUGCUGAGGACAAAUAAAAUACUGAACUCUGUCAGAUAUUGUACCAGGCUUUGAGACUUGAUCCUUGUCAAAAAGCAAAUAUUGGUGUUUUUUUGGUUAUGUUUUAUUUGAAAUAAAUAAGCGCAUAAUGGAAAAAAAACCUACCUCUUAAAAGUUCAGUUGCUUUCAUAGUAAGAUAUGCUUGCCCAAAACCCAGAAAAUUAAGAUUUUUUUAAAUUAAAUGCUAAUGACAUUGCAUUAAACUGAACAAAAUGCACUUAGAUCAGUUUCUCUUGUCCUCAUCCACUGAAUGAAGAAAGCUCAUUUUUUACUCUGAUGGUAUUGCUUUAUGUGAAGACCCAUUUUCAGAUGGGUUAAACAGCAUCUGUAGUCUCUCACCCACUGCUUAUUUUCAAAUACAAUACCUUUGUGAAUUUUCAGAGACGAUGCAAUUUGUAAUGAAGGCAAUAACUUUAAUGUGACAUGAUACACUGCUUUCCAGGUGAAAAAUGAUUCAGUCCAUUUCCAGUGUAAAUGAAAAGAAAAAGAUUUAUAAAUAUUUGCUAACUUGUUAUCCAAGAAAGAUGCAUGUUGUGUAGGAGCAAUGUUUUUAAAUAGAAAUUGUUAACUUUGUAGCAUUUCUAAUUGUUUUGAGGAUUUUAAAAUUAUUUCAGGGAAUAUAUCUGCUGAGUAUUGGAAAGGAAGAGAUUCUGUAUGUGCCUUGCAGUACUGUAACUUAAACUCUCUGCGGCUGCAAAAGAUGAGAAAAAUGUCUUAGUAGUCAAUUAUUUUUUGCCAGCAUUAGAAAUUAAGACAUUUAUAGAAAGCUUUUAGGUUUCCAGAAGUAAGCAUCUGUUAGUUUGAAAUGUAGUAAGUGUUGCCCUUUAUUUUUUGAUUAAAAAAUAUACAUAGCUAGUGAUCUAUAGCUUUCAUGGCCUGUACUGCUGAGAAAAAAGUGGUCAGAAAAACAAAGCUAUUGUUUGUGAAGUCACAGAAAAGCUGCCUGUAUUGAUCUUUGCUGAGGAUCUUUGCUUCUAAGAGUCUUUUGAAAUUUUACCUUUGGAUUUUAAUGGUAGAGAGAAUUUUGUGGUGAAUUCAGGACUAUAUUUUUUUUUUUGUCUGCAGAAGCCCAAAAUGGUUCUGCCUAAGGAGCAGUGUUUGAUUGCUCAUUAGGCAGCAGAGGUUGAGGAGCCACUCAUUUGAGUCUUGGCAGAAGUAGCAACUUUGGUUUUGAUGUGCAAUGAGGAUAACAGAAGUAAAGGAUUUAGGCUGUUGAACCCAGUGAUUAAUUGUUGAGUAAUCUUAGAGUGAAGUGCAAAUUUAUUUAAAGUAUUUUUACAAAAUUCUGCACUGUUUUUGCUGUGUUUUUACAUUCUAUUAGGCAACAAAGUGUGUCCUUAAAAAGCAUGUGGACCUGGCAGGUUUUAGCAUAACUGUAUAAAAAUAAGCAAAUUUCUUAGAAAAUGCUUUUAAAAAGCAUAAGAUGAGAGACUGAAGUCUUGUUCAUACGAGCCUAAAUAUAUGGAGUUUAGUUUGAAAGGUAACUUAGCUUGCAAGCUAUUUUUAUAUUAUCACUAUGCUAUUUACUAGAGGUUCAGAUGUUAUACUUAAGAAAGCUAGAGCAGCUCACUUAGAUUUAUUUUUUUUUAAUACUUUCCAAGCUUUCUUGUGACAGCUUGUGAUACUUUGGCUUUGGCCUACUCUUUCCAGUGCUGUCUCAGCUCUAGGUCUCUGAACCAGGGAAUCAACCACAGAAACAUGGAAUGACCAGCAUGAGGAAAGUUCAUUUUGUUGUAUCUGGAUGAGAUUUUUUUUGAAAGUUCACUUUGCUUUGAAAUUCUGUAACUUUGUCUAAGAGGUUUUUUUAUUUCCUUUUACGUUUCUCUGCCAGUUUGCUCUGGUUUGAAAAUGUUUUAUAGGACAGGUUAAUUUGGCUUUUUUCUCCCAGACUGAGGACACACUAAAAAACUGUCUACUCUUCACAUUACCAUGGAAAUAUUUUGUCUCUGUUUCAAUUUACUGUUCAUUUUAAACUAUUAGUAAGUAGAAGCAGGGGCAAGUGGUUUUAUUCAAUAUGAAAUCAUAAUUUUGUGAAGGUCAGUUUUGUUUUUAUGUUCUCACAGUAAAAAUGCAAAUUAUGUAGCCUACCUAAAAAUAAUAUGCAGUAUGUCUUUUGUAUACCUGUUGAACUAUAUUUAUUUCAUGAGCUCUUAGAAGGCUUUCUACACCCUUGUUUGCCUGUUCUAAAUUAGGUGUUAAAUAUGGAAAAUUUGCAUGAGAAUAAUACCAAUCAGGUUGGAUCUGGUUAGGUGCAAGAUGAUGGAUGUCUGAAACUGAAAAUAACUUUUUUCUUUCACCUUGUUGACUUCUGUCAAUGCAUUUGCUUGGGGUUUUACAAGUAGAUUUUAAAAUUCAGGAUCCCUUUUUGCAACUCUUCUUGCUGACUUGACAGCUGCCCUAGGCUGGUGAGUCAUAGAUCCCCAACUUGGAAGGUUUAAAUAAACCUAGUGGAAGUGGAGAGUUAUUUCAUGCUUUGAAAUGUGCAUCUUUUUUAUUGUUUACAAUAAUGGUGUUGCAUGCCACUAUCUUCUGGACAUGAGAGAAAGAUGUACAUGUGGUACUUUGAUUUGUGUUGCUCGUGAAUGAAUGCUGGAUGGUUUGUUUAUUUAUUUACAUUUCUGUCUCCAUUCUUAAUGUGUUUUCUAAGUUGAAUCAGUAGAAAGAUACAGAAUGCAGAAGACUAUUUCAAAAGCUUAGGGAUUUUUGUUCUUUCAUCAGAGACACAGUUGUACCAAACUCAAGGGUGCUAUGUCUUCUAAAAUCGUAUUUGCUUCUACCAAGACAGAGUGUGAUUUGGUCUUUGUUUUAAUGGUCACUGGAAUUGCAUUGAUUUCCUUCUGUGCUGUUAAUUUUGUACAGUUUUUUCAUGUGGAGCAUCAGAGUGGAUUACUGUGAACAUCUCCCCUGUAACAAGUGAUUACAAUGUCUAUGAGCCCAUUUAUCCAGCAUGAGGAGAGAAGAGGCUUUUUUGGAUAACUAAAGAAAUCACACUUUCUGGCUAACUUUUUUUUUUUUUUUCUGUGUUUCCUUCUCUGGAAAGUUCAAUAUUUUAUCUUCUCUAUGCUCUGGAAGUUUAAUUUCAUGGGUGAGCCUUAAUUUUUAAUUUUUUUUUAAAUCUGUAGCAGUAAGUUUUUUCAUUGAGUUACAACACUUCUCUUGUACAAGUGACAAGCAAAGGGCAGAAGCUCUGGGAGCUGAGUGUUAACACAAAACCAAGUGGGUAUAAACUUUCUGUAAAUAAAAUUUAGAUUAGAAACAAAGUUCCUAAUUCUGGAACAGCCUUCUGGGCAGAGUCUUGCUUUGAAGGAAGAGCCAACUAUGUCUAUGAAAGAUAUUAAAUGCAAAGUGGUGUCUGAAUAGUAGGCAACUAGACCUGAUAAACCAGAGGUCCCUUCUAGUCCCUUCCUAGAGUUUUGCUCCUUUGUUGGGUUUCCUGUCUUGCCACAUUGCUGGUUUUGUUUUUAAGGCUCAAAGAUUUGGGGGUAAAUAAAGAGAGUAUUAAACUGUGACAUAACAAAAGUUAACUUCCCAAUUUUGGGUGAUGUUGGUCUCUGAUCCAGAGGAAUGGAGCAUAAAAGUUACCAAAUCAUGGCAAGUGGAAGCUUGGAGGAGUUGUGAUCUAAAGCAAUGUGCUCAGUUUCUAACACAAGGCUGAUUUCCCUGGGAAACAACCUACAAUGAGAUGUAAUGAGUUGUAGCACUUGGUAUCAUCAGUAGGUUGUAAUCAAAUGGAAAUUAUUGGACAUUUUCAAAGAGUGAGCAAAUGAUCUAUGAUGUAAAUGAGAUCAGAAUAGACUAUCAUGAAGGCUUUCAUGUUCCCUGCAGCCAGUCAUCAUAGGUCUACCUAAAUCCAGAUUCAGAGCUCUGAGUAACAUGUUGUUAAAUCACUGAGGUGUGGGGUCAAAUGUGACAGAACUGAGAAUUUUGCAGUGCUGUCUGGGUUGUGUCUGACAUGAGCUCUGCUGUGGGGUGUAGUGACGCUGCCUCAACACGUGUGCUUUUGUGUUGCAAUGCACACACACAUCCCCCAGUGCACUGGGAAUCUGCUUCUGCUUGAAUUAAACCAGAUCCAAGGCACAACAACCAAAACUACCCAGAGUGAUGCACAGAUGAACGUUUAAUACAAUAUGUGCCCUCCUUAUUUAAAAUGGGAAAUCUUCUAAAUCUGCAGGAUUCUAGAUAGGAAUGUGGAUUCAGGAUACACGUUUCUUGUUAGUUUUUAUUUCUUUUUCUCCAGUGCAGGUAUUUUUAGCAAUCAGGUGUAAAAGUGCUUUAAUAGACACAUUGAAGGAGACAACACUGGGUGGUUCCUCAUGAAGUUGCUGUAGGAAAGAGAGACCAUGGGUGGUGAAGAAGAGCUGGUACUGAACUGAAAUGGGACAAGUGCAGAAAGGACAGGAUGGCUCUGUUCUGAUUUAAAAAUUGCACAUGUCUUAAUUUCACUGCUGUAAGUUUAUUCCACCAAAGGAUACUUUGUCAACAAGCCUUGUUAUCUGAGCCUGAUCCUUCAGAAGUUUCCACUGUAUCAUUAUAUCCAUUUAUAUUUUGAAGGAAAAAUGUCUCAGUAGGCAUAUUGAAAAUAUGCUGCUGAGUGUAUUUUUGAGGUUGACAUUAAAAAAAUGAAUUCAGCAACAGGAUAUGUGAUUGUGCAAGCAGCUGUAGUAUCAUACAGCAUCUUCGAGGCCAGUGGUCUCCAAACUUUCUGGUUGCACACCCAUAUCACUAAAAACUCUUAUGUGUGCACACACUCUAUGUAUAUUUAUUAAUUUAUAACUAAUAUAUGUACUACUAUACUAAUUUAUUAUGUACAUACACAGGAGUAGAAUUUGAAAAAGUAUGAGAGAAAAGUGAAAUAAAGACUAUUUUUAAAUUAUUUAAAAUUUCGUUUGUUAAUUCUGCAAAAUGUACUUUCUUCUUGCACCCAAAUGGAUCCUCUUGGGGUGCAUGCACCUCACUUUGGAGACCAAUUCUUUAGGGUAUAGUCUUGGAAAGAGUUUUAACUUGAUGGGAACAGGUAUCAAAACUGACCAGUUUAUAAUGGCAGUUUCUUUUACUCUGAUUACUGGCUGUUUUUAACUUUGUGCUGCAUGAGUCUGUUGUGGAUCUCUGUUUAUUCAGAGUUCUUUGAAAAUUUAGUCCAAGGGCUGUGAACUGUUUUGCCAUGUUUUCCUACAGUAUGCAUUAAAUGAUGAAACAGGAGGUGUCAGCCUUAAGUGGUUUGCAGAAAUGCCAAACAAUUCCAGUUUGGAGGGGAGGGCAUAUCUCCUGCCAAACACAGGGAUGUGUUAGUACUUGGUUUUAAAAGGUUAGUACUAUUUUUUCAGCUGACUUGCCCUUUCUCAAAUGUUCACUGAAGAAUUGCAAUAUUUAAUGCUCAGCUUCUCAGAAGAAAAUAAUUAAUUUUCUUGCUGUAUCUUUCCUGGUGUUUAUUUUACUGAACUGCAGUUGAAACCAUUUUUACAGUAUGCCUGUUCUUUAAUCUUGUAAACUGGCAUAAAUUUUUAAUAGUAUUUCAUAUCAGUUUUUAAAAAUCAAUGGGGCAAAAUGACUGUUUGUGUAUUGGGCUCCAUAAAGAAGUCAAUAUAUAUAUUUUAAAUGCCUCAAAAGGUGUUUUAAAGUAUGUAAGUUUUGAUGUGUUUGGAGAGGCAAGAGCGAUGUUCUAGUGAAAUAUAACAGUGGUGAUUUGGGGUUUUUAAUUGUGUGUUUUACCUGUAAAUAUCAACCUGAAGGAUCUCACACAAAAAUGUGGAAAGCAAGUCAUCUGAGAACUCUAGAUGGUCCAACUGUAUCUGGAUAAUGAAGUAGCUGGAUUUCCUGUGUAUUUGCAAUGCAGUGGUGUGACAGUGUUUCAUUUGACUUGUCUUCUCACUUGGUGGUACUUCAGUCUUCAAAGAAGAUGAAAUUACUUCAACUUGUUGAAAUUAUUAAUAAAGGACAUCACAGUUGGUUUAAAUGCAGCCUUUCUCAAUGAACAUGGAAGUUACAGCGCAGAAACAUUCAGGCCUCCUGUAAAUAAAGACAUGACUCUCAAAAGUGAUUUUCAACUUUUCUGUAUUUUUCCUCAAGUUUCCCCGUACUAAAAGUUGAAAGAAGGCU